UUUUGGAGUAUAUCUGCGAACAGCCAAUUGACAAAUGACAUUAUUUGCCAUUAGACAAGUCUUGAUACAAUAUUUGACAUUUCUAAUCCGUAUUCUGUGCUGUUGAUAGAGUGAAUUUGCUGGGAAACUCGUCACAAGCUGAGCAAUCACCUUGAUGAAUGAUGGUAUCUUCUCCUGUGACCCUCGGAUCCAAAGAAUUGUACCAAGGUCUAGAUGUCUGUGAUGCAUACCCUACUAAUAAGCUAUUUACUUAUCUUGAUGAAAUUUACCACCAGUCCUCAACGGUUGUCCAAGGCUUCGACUUCAGUGGUAUAGAACAAGUAACUGAUGAAGUGGUGCAUGUGUUGGUGUCUGUGGCAACUCAAAACAAUGGAGAAUCAGCUCUGCAAGAUAUCUCUUUUGCUGCCUGCACUCAUCUGACUGACUACGGCAUUUAUCGACUUGCCAAAUGUUUCAAAAAUAUUCGGAAGAUCUCGUUAGAUGGGUGUAUAAAGGUGACAGAGAGAGGCCUACACUACCUACUAACAGAGUGUCAAAAGUUAGAGGUGGUGUCCUUGAAGGGGGCUAAUGUCGGUUAUGUCCCAGCAACGAGAGUUGGCUUGAAACUUUCGCUGGAGGGAUGUCCCAUUUAUAAUGAUUUGAGGAAUGCAGAGGAUACAAUCGAUUAUGAUAUUUCCAAGGACAAGGCGAUCGUCAUGUGCGAUGCUAGCCUCCAGUUGGAUGUGGUGGCAUACCUUCGCGGUGAUCAUGUUGGUGAGAUCAGCAAGAGGGCGCCAGGUGGAGGCAACAUGAAAUUACACACUAGUAUCGUGACUUAUGAAUUCUGUGGGACGGAGUUUGAUCCCUGUUCAUUCAUGACUGAUGGUGCAGUGUAUAUCUAUGCGUUUGAUGUUGGUGGUAACCUUGGCAACCCACAGGUGGAGAUCAUGUCACGAUUGGAUUCGGCGCGGGCUCAGGUCCUCUGUGUACCAUUUAUCAUCUUGGCAUUUCACACAGAAAGCAAGGAGUCCAAAUCUGCGAUUGAUAAUUUGACAAAAACAUUGUCCACCGCUAUGACAUCACGAGGUGAAUACCUCAAGAACUUGAUGGAGAAGGAAAAGGUUGACAGUCGGGAGCGAGACUUCCAGUUUCAGCAGCACUACAGCCGUGGCCUACAGGCGGAGGAAUUUCAUCAGAUGGACCCUAUUUACUUCUUCAGCAUAGAAAAGGAUACUAAACAUGUUGAGUAUUGCGCCCUGAAACAAGAGGUUGGAGGAAGUAAUCAGACACUGGAAGAUCUUCUAAAAGUACAGGAAGAAUUAACGAAUAAAGCUAGUGCAUCCAUUGACAACCUUAGAAAGAGUGAUAUAUCUGAGAUAGCAUCCAUGAGCUCACCACCACAAGCGCUGCUGAAAGUAGCACAAGGACUGUUAGUCCUUUUAGGAAAGGCAGACUCGUUAAAGUCAGCUACUUGGAAACUCUUCAAGCCGAUGAUCAGGAAUAUGUCCUUCCUCAAUGAGUUGAGGGAGUCGCUGUCAAAUCCUGGAGACUUUGUGGAACGCUGUAAAAAGAUCACUCCUCUCAUGAACGACCCUGAUCUCAAUGAACAAAGGCUUCGCAACGUAUCAAUCGCUGGACAUGCGUUCUAUAUUUGCAUGACGACAGUUUACCAGUUGAGCACAGAGCACUGGCCGAAGAUAUCCAAGCUACAAACUGAUUUGAAGGAGAAAAUGGAAAUCCAGAACAAACAUGACCACACUGCAAUUCAGUUCUCUCUUGAAACUUGUGAAAAGUAUGUUCGUACGGUCUACCAGUGGGAGUCGUACGAAUUCAGCCAGGCAGUACACAGCUUGUAUUCGUCACUGCCUAAAGUCAAGAUGAUGAAUCUGGAGGAGUAUGUGCAGAGUCUGUCGGUCAAGCCAUUUGGUGAUGGUAUGGGACCGUAUCGGAAAGCAGUCCAAAGACUUGCUAACAUGGGCAAAGUUCUCUUCUACCCAAACAUUGCCGGUGAACCAAUCAUAUUUGAUGUACAGUGGUUUAUGGACAUCAUGGACUUGAAGCACAAAGACAAGAAACUAGAGAAUCGUGACCGGGUUUUGUCGCUGACUCGCUACGCCCAGCUUUAUGAAAUGGGCGACCUGGAGGAGGCAUGGAAAGACCACUGCACAGGGAACGAAUUUUCAGCAGUUCUCUCCAUCAUGCAACACUUCGGUGUUGUGCUCCAAGUUAAAACUGAUGUUCCAAAAAAUACCGAGCCAGAUUGGUACUACGUGUUCUUCAGAGAUGUGCCCCCCAAGAUGUACCUUUGGUCGAACCCUCGGCAAGAUCAGCUGAGUGGACUGGGAGAGCGUAUCUUCAACACAGACAAUCCCGAUGACACAGAGGGUCUCGUCUCAAAUUAUUACUACGUGAAACAUUUUUGGCCCGAUCAGAAACCGGACACCGACCUCGAGGUGACGUACUCCUACAAUCUCGAUAACGGCUUCCCCUCUGUACUGAUUCCCCAGAUUGUAGCAAAACUUCACGAGAUGUUUGAUGUAAAGUUCUGCUGUCAAACCUGCGCUGUCGUUGGUCAGGGAGCAGUCGAGGCUAAGAUCAAGUACAAUGUGCAUGGCACCCGCAUCACCGGCUCCAUUGAUAUAGAAGCCCGCUGCACUCGCUUCAGCCAGGAGAGAGAGGCGAAUGAGUACAUCAUUCAUCAGUACAUGUGGGGUCUCGUCAAUAGUAUCUGUCUGUGUAUCGAAGGCCUGAUCAUCUCCUAUCCGUUGCUACACUCUCAUGUUGUAAUCCCAUGCCUUGGAUCCUGUGCCCAAACCGUCUACAGGUAUAGAUACUCUCCACUGGAGCUUCCCAGGGACAUUACAAGUGAAAUACCUUGUCCAAGUUGUAAAGAGGAGCGGAUGUCACCCUUGGCGUAUGGUCUUCUGCUCGGCCGCCAUGCCUACCUUCCGUACCAUGAUUGGAAGGAGGAACUGGGAACCAAAAGAUGUCGGCAUUGCGGCAUCUCCGAGGUUCAAAGUGAGAAAUUUUGGGCAAUGGAGUCCUCCCUCUACCCAACAUUUAGAUCACAGACAUUUGAGUUCAUCACUGCUGAAACAAGUCAACCAGAGCAAAAAGAAUUAUCUGAGACUCGACAAGAGAGUUCUGUGGAGUUGUUUCUGUCUUGUCAGCCUCUCUGUGCGAGGGAAUUCAAAGCGGUCAGGUUUCUGGUGCUGGACUCUAAAGGCGUGGAGCUACACAUCAUACGAGACGUUGAGUGCAUCACAAGACUGAAACGUGGAGAAACCGAUGAUUUUACCUCCAACCUGCAGAGAGCAGGUGAUAUGACCAUGAACUUGGCAGGAAUGAUCAUCAAGAAGUUUACUGGUGAAGAUGUGAAGGAAGAGCACGAAGCGUUGAAAUGUUUACCGGGUGAUGUUUUGCAUUUGGAUGUCAAGUGUAUUGUCUCUGAAGAUGGAUGGGAGACGAAUGACCUCUUGUUGAUUAUCUCCAAGAAUGGGUGUGCUGUGGUCACUGUGGGCAUCCAGACAGAUUCCUUCCUUGCGAUAACCGCAGAGGAUUCAUUCAUGACUGAGUCUGGGCCCAAACUGGUGAUGCAGACACCGAUGUGUCCAGUUGUGACGUCCAGACACUUCAACGUCAACACCCUGGUUGUUUAUGAUGAAACAGGGAUUGGAGGUCAAUGGGCAGUUGGAACGAUACAAUCCAUUUCCAAUGGCUACCUCUACGUGUCGCAAGAUAAACACAAGCGGUCGUCUGCCAGGAAGAUUCAUCCGAAUUCAGAAGACCUGUCGUCGUUGUGUCAGACCCCUGGCGACAAGAGCAUCACCAUUGGGAAGGAACUUGUAAAACGUCCAGGGCAAGUUUACGAGUUUCUGAAUGAGACGAAGACUUUACCAGCACCGAUUGGGCUGUUUAGACACGUCAUUAGGAAUACGGCUGACAUUGAUCUAUUGCCUCUGAAGGGCCGUCUUGAGAACCACCCUGUCCAGUGCACCGCUGGAACCUACACACCACUAGUGCUCGCCAGGACAAUUGAAAAUAGCAUCAUGAUGAAAAACCGUCUGUCACCGGUGUCCAUGUUGUUCUUGCCGUCCAACUUCGAGACGCAUCACCUGUACCAUCCAUCACGUCACGUGGUCCAUGACCUGACCAAUCAGGCAGUGACUCAAGUCUGUGCUGGAGAUGUCAUCAGUCGCAGGAACGCGGUUUACCAUGCGAGUCACCUGAUGAAUGCUCCCGUCAUCCCUUUGGCUGAUGUUGAUGGUGUCACCUCUGCUGAGACUGGCCAGAUCUGGAGGGCAUUGGUGGCCCCUUUUCUAGAAGGCUAUCAGAGACUCAUGGCAUAUCCUCCACUGUUUAAAGUCUGGAAUAAGAUCUUGUCGCAAGUAAAGGAAGACUUUGAGGAAGGCUUGAUGAGGAAGUGUCUAUCUCGUCUCAUGGCGUUGUACUAUGAAACCAUGCUUCUACUUAUGGCUGUGAAUACUGACAUCGAGAUGAACCCAGAGAUGAGGCAGGCAGAGGCAGACGUGUACACCAUCAAGAUCAACAAAGCCUUUGAGCCGCGGGAGGAUCUUGAGAAUGGCCAAUGUGAAUCACAUCGCUGCAUCGACUGGAAACUGGUUAUAGACGCUGAAAAUCUCAGAGCAAUCAAACUCUCGGCAGACACGAAGGCGGACAUUGCUAUGGAAAUAUUCCGGCGUUUCCCAAAUCUUGUGACUGUUGACCUGUCUGGCUGUCAUUUUAAAACACUCAGUGGCAUUGGGCUUUGCAAUACUCUAGAGAAUCUCGACAUGAGUGAGAACGAUUUUGAAGAACUGCCAGCUGAACUUGAGAAGUUGAAAGGAACUCUGAGGUCUCUGAAUCUCCAUACAAAUCCUCUGAAGCGUUUUCCCGAUUUCAUCUCUGAGUUUAGCAAACUAGAGAUUCUGGAUGUCGGCAACACAUUGAUCAGGAGCCUACCACAAGAUUUCGGGAACUUGAGCAGACUACGGAUGCUUUCCCUUGAAAACACUGCCGUUGUCAAUCUGCCAGAAAGCUUUAGAAAACUUCGGUAUCUGACCUAUUUGAACCUGAAAGGUGUCCUCUGGAUGGCCGCGUCUGAUAUGCCACAUCGAAGUAUGACAAUGGAGAAAUACAUGUCGUUUGUGUCAAACAGGAAGUGGAGUUACAAUAUGGCUGUACUACACAAAGAGGAAAAAGAAGAGUUGUACAAUGCGUGUAAUCCUACCGAUGGUGGCUUCACCUCAAGAGGAACCUACGACAUGCAGGAGAGGAUGUUCAAGAUGUUCCCAAGGCUAGGGGUCGAUAAUGAGGAUUCGGCGGACAUCUCCCUCUUCGGUGGCGUUCCAUCCCAGAUAUUCAGCUGCAGGAACCUGACCUACCUCAACCUAUCAAACCAGGGGUUAAAGGUCAUCCCGGAUAUGAUCGGCAAGCUGAACAACCUGCAACAGCUACUCAUUAUGGACAACCCUCACUUGGUCAGUGUGAGUGGAGAAGUUGCCAAGACACCUAUUGAAUCUCUUAACCUGACGAGCUGUCCAUCCCUAAAAACCCCACCACAGGAGAUCAUCCGACAGAACAGCCAGACGCUGACGAUUGCGUACCUGCGGAGAUUGGCUGCAGGCUCUGUCACAUGCUACAGGACCAAACUCAUGUUGGUCGGACUUGGUGAAGCCGGGAAGACAAGUCUGAUUAGGGCCUUGAUGAGCGACAAAUUCAAAACCACUGCCACUUCCGCCGAAGGCAUUACGGAUGGUAUAGACAUAAAGAACUGGCAGGUGACCCGCAGCAACCUGACAUUGACGUAUAGUGUGUGGGACUUUGCUGGACAAACGGUCUACUACAACACACAUCAGUUUUUCCUGUCAAAGAGAGCCAUCUACAUCCUGGUGUGGAACAUGAGACUCGGCUUUGAGCAUGCUGGCCUAGACUUCUGGUUGAAUUCCAUCCAAUGCCAUGCACCAGAAACGCCUGUCUUCAUUGUGGGCACACAUGCUGAUGAAGUGUCAAGGUCGGAACUGCCGUCUGAAGAAUUCAUGAGGAAGUUUUCAAACAUCACUGGAUUCUUCUACAUCAGCUCUAAAACUGGACAGGGCGUCUCUGAUUUCUAUGACAAGUUGAUAGAGACAACCUUCCUACAGCCAUACAUGGGUGAGAGGAUUCCAGAGGCGUGGUUCAACUUCGAGAAGAACAUCAUCAGCAGACGACAAUCUGGCAGCCUUCUGCUUUGGGAGGAUAUUGAGAAAGAAGCUUCGAGGAGUGCAGUGUUUGGGAAUGAGAUAAAGCAAGCGGUCCAAUUCAUACAUGACCUCGGCAGUCUCCAGCACUUUGAUAGUGACUUCCUACGCAAUCGUGUGGUGAUCAACCCACAAUGGAUUGUCGACGUCAUGGCGUGUGUCGUGUCAGUUCACAAUGAUGUCAACAAGCAUGGUUAUCUCGAUCAUAAGGACAUCGCCACGAUUUGGAAGGAUUAUGAUUCAGAGCUUCAUGAUUGGCUGCUUCGACUGACUGAACUCUUUGACCUGACCUUCCCAUUGGCUGAUCAGGAUGUCAAUGUCGUUCCUUGUCUUCUGCCUCAGACUGAGCCAGAGAUUGAAUGGCCAACAAAGAAAGAGGGAGUGAGGAAAGCUGAGAUGCUCUAUCGUUUUGAGAGUCUGCCGGCGGGCCUGUUUAACCGGGCCCAGGUCCGCCUCUACCAGUUCUCUGACGGCUCAAGCAUGUGGAAGAGAGGUUCUGUCCUAAGGAAGAAUGACCACAUGGCUGCUAUUACAAUGGAGGGGGAGUCUGAAGUGCUCGUUCGAGCGCAGGGCACCAGACCCGAGAACAUGAUCCUCCUGGUCCAUGAAGUGUUUGAGGGCCUCAUCCUGGAGUUCUUCCGUGGGGUCAAGUACGAAUACUUGAUGCCUUGUCCCGACUGCCUGAAAGCGGACGCUAAGCAUCCGACCAUGUUCCCGUCAUCAGUGCUGAGGCGGGCUGUCGAGAUGAAGGCCAUGCAUCUCCAGUGCCAUGCAUUCUUUCAUUCCCUCGCAACAUCAGAAGUGCAAGCCAUGAUGCCACCAGAAGCAUCUGAGGACUAUGAGGUCCACAUGAACAACAUGGUCCAUGACCUGGAGGACCUGCAGAAUCAACUGCCAUUUGAUACAUGCAUCCUCUACUGCAAGGCAGACGUUCCUCAAGAAGGAGCAGACGCCGUCCAUCCAAGACAGGUUAAGAACGACCUGGAGAAGAAAGGAUUCAAUGUUUGGUACCAGGAUGACCUCCAUUCCAUGUCAGUUGAUGAUGUCAUAAAAGCAAUGUCGUCAUCAAAGACGGUCAUAACAUUUGUAUCCGACAGCUUCGUCUUGGACACAGAUUGUCAGCGCAUGUUCCAGUUUGCGCAGCAGUCGCUGAAGAAGCCGAUUCUACUGGUCAUGACUGGUAAGGGGAGAAAAUGGCAGCAGUCGGUGAUUGGUAUGAGGACGGCUCACCAGGUGUACGUCAAUAUGCAGCGAGCGAAACAGUAUGAGUCGAAACUGCAGGAGCUUGUCACUCAGGUGUCGGGGAAGGUUGGCAAGAAGAAGGUUGUGAAAGGUGCCGACGUGUUUGUCAGUUAUUGCUGGACAAACUCUGCCCAGGCAGUAGCGAUCGGACAUGCUGUUGAAAAGGCUGGAUCGUUAGGCCACGGUGAUCCUAGACAACUCAAGGAGUUCUUGGAGAGUGAAGGCUUCUCAGCUUGGAUUGACUUUGAGAAUGUUGGAGUGAACGGACUGUUUAGUGACAUUGCAGAAAGCUUGAAGAAAUGCAGAGUGGUUGUGGCCUGUGUCUCAGAUGAGUAUGCGAUGUCCCCUAAUUGCCAGAUGGAGUUCAGGUUUGCGCACGUCACUCUGAAGAAGCCUAUCAUCUUAGCAGUGGUUGGUACAGGUUACAGCUGGGAAUCCACCGAGGUUGGCCUGCUCUCCCUUGGCUACCCAAAGAUGAACUUCCAAGUCGCCAACAACAUCGCAUUCAGCCAGCUCAGGGAAUCAGUGGCUGAUAGUUUGGCUAGCUUGGAUUGUCAGAAGGAUGGCAAAUCAUCUGCUCCACAAGGGACGCAGAAGCAGUCGGCAUUCCAGGAACUGUAUGAGCUUGCCCAGAGGAAGUUCCUGCGUCAGUUGGUGACUUAUACGAAUCAUAACAGUAACUAUCCAAGGCUGUUUGUCCUAGAUCUUCAGGAACCAACGAGCGUCUCUGAAUCAGGUGGGUCUGGCAUCGAAUCAGUUGAAAUUGACCUGAAAGAUGAUGAUCAGCCAUCUGACAAGCCGCAUGAUGGACCUGGAGAAUACUGCUUCCGAGUCCUGUGUGAGCACGAAGGGGGCUGGCAUGCCGUCCAUGAGGGUUUCCCCAUCUCGAUGAUACAAGAUGAAAUGACGCCCCUUCUUCACCUGACCGCUCCGUUCUUUGCCCGCAUCCUCUCCAUCCUCAAGCACAGCAAUAUCAACCUGCAAUGCUUGAACUCAACCCAAGGUGACGCUUUCAUCAAGAUCUUAGAGCAGCGCGCAGGAGUCAAUGUUGAUGUACGGCCAUUCUACCAAGCUAUCAGAAACCACAUCAUUAGGAAGGAUGUGACGCAGACGUUUGGAGGCUUGGCAAGGUGUUACCUGCCGAGCGGCAAGUUCCUCUGGUUGUGUCCUGAACACCAGAAGUUACCCAGGGUUUCCAAGCUUGAAGUAAUUGUGUCAGACCCAGCGCCACAUGAUACGGUCAGCGACUACCAACUGAUUGAGGAUCUGAAAGUUUAUCAGGAGCUGGUGACAGUCAAGCCUCAAGGUAAUGACAAACCUACAACAGCAGCGCCACCAAGUGAAACACCAAGUGAAUGCGAUAAACCUGCCAAAGAGGAUGUGAAAUUACCAUCAAUAAAGGAAGAAAUCCAACGUAUGCCAGCAGUGACUGCUAAACCUGCCAGGUCACCUGCAAAGCCAAGCAGUUCAUCAGGAUCAAAACCUGCAAAGCCAAGCAGUUCUUCAGGAUCAAAACCUGCGGCAACAUCGAAGGGUUUCACUCCACCCAAAAAGGUUGAACGGUCCAAGAGUAUAGCAUGCACUGUUCAAUAGUUGACAAGUUGGCACAUUGUCUUUAGAGGUUCUUCAUUGACAUCACAGUUGUCACAUACAUUGUAGUUCCUAAGAUUCCAUCAUCUUGGAUGUCAGAAGAAUGAUGGGUUGACUUCUAACCUGACAUUUGGUGGAAUUAAUUAAGAGCCGUUCACAAGGACUCAAACAAUGUUAGAAUGACACAGGAUACAGCCUCCUGAUCACAGAACUUCCAGUCGCCAAAAUGAUUCUGUUUAUUGCAUAUUUAUAGUGAUCCAUACUUCUGUCCAGUUCCUAGCGUUUGCAGCAUUUGUCCUUCAACUUCUUCCAGAGUAGCUUUUAGGAGUGUUAACAGCAUAAUCUGAGCACAAUACACUUUUUGGAAACGAUGAGUUCUGUUUUGUUGUGCAAUCAAUUUGUAACUUUUGUCAUCAAUGUUCCGAUUCCAGAAUCAUGUCUGCCAUUAUAACAAAAUUGACCUGUGGUAUAUUUACGUCCUAUAAGAUCAAUGUCCUGUUCUGGAAAAGUUUUAAUCUGUGAUAUAACGAGUCUAUCCAAGACAUUUGUUGGAUAUUUUUCUCAUAUAAUUGUAAUGUUACAAUGUAAACUGUGAUAGUGUUAUCAAGUUCUCAUUGUGGGCUGGCGAAAGUAUCUUUAUUUCUGUGAGCGACAUGACUACAGGCAUGGUGCAAUACCAAGUAUCUUAUGUAGAGAAACUAAACAGUAAAGAUUAGGAAAAUAAUGAAGCGUCGAGGUCCAGCCCACCAUGUGGUAACUACACGUUCGAGAUAAAAUUGUCUCAUGGCUGAAAUACGUCAUGAAACUCUUUCUCUCAUUGUUUUCUUUUUAACAUGCGUUACCAUGACAACUUGAUAUAUAUUUACAUGGAUCUCAGGAUUGUACAGAACAUUCCAGUAUAUAUUGGAUCAGUGAUAUUGUUUAUUUAUCAAUUGUAAGACAAUGCACAAAUAAAAUAGGU